GCCGUGUCUCCCCAAUGGAGCUGCCAUUGGGCGGACCAGCGCUCAGGCACUACACCCAGAGCCGACCGAGACCUCACCGCCAAAAACUCAACUAUCGUCCCAGCAGACCACAGGCUCAUCGUGUUGUCACAUAGCUCUCUGGAUGUAGACAUCCAGUCACUCCCUUGGAGCCAGUGGUCAGGGAGACAAAAUCCAAGCAAUUCCCUUGACACGGUAUCGUAUAGCAGUGACUUCUGCUGAAUUUGUGCUCUGCUGCAAGCCUCCCAGCUUUUAUUGCGACUCGUGGGCACAGAUGCUAAUGUGAUCAGUAUGAUUCAGUAUGCAUACAGCUACAUUAUUGAUACUGUAUUAUCUUCAUUGGCAUAAUGAAAGAUCUUACAUGGAAAGUCCUAUGACGCCCCCCCAUUGUACGUUACUGAGCAACUGUCUCCCAGGUGGCUGGUUUGUAGCGAAAAAAACGAAGCCAAAAUAUUCCUAUAUGGAGACACGAGUGAAGGACUGUGUGGGUUUUGUUGAGGUCAAUGUUACAUAACACCAAGUUACAUUUGUAAUGCUUUAACUUUGAUGUAAAAUGCAUAUUUGUGUCUCCUACAAAUGUAAUCAGGAGACAAUAAUUGAGAGUGAAAAUGAAGUCCUUGAGUUCAUCGGGCGUGUAGAUGAAGGUGUGGAGGAGUUCUUUACAAAGAGAGUUCUUCCUGCUGAUACAGAGCAAAAGCAAAAUGAGGAACCAGAGUCCAUCACAGUGGAUGAAGUGGUUCCUGCAACCUCUGUCCCCUGUCCACCCCCGACAAAAACUCUCAGGAGGAAGCUCGGGGAUUUCUUUACCCUCCGAAAGCGGCGUGGCCUGAAAUCGGAGCCGAGCCACGAGGGUCGACCCAAGAAGGCCUCCAUCGCUGAUCUCAUUCGCCCUCUUAGGGAGGCGGCCAAGUCAGAUAAAGAAAAAGAUAAGGACAGAGUAAAGGAACAUGACAAGGAGAAUGAAAAGGAGAAAGGGACAGAGCAGCCCGGUGGUGUUACUGGAGAGUCAACGGUGCAGGAAACACCUGCCUCUGAUGUUCCUCCACUGAGGGGUGAAGUGGCACCACCUCGUCGUGCUCUCAGGGAAGGGAAGUCCCAGUCUCUUAUUUUACUGUCUGGAUCAGCAGCAGGUGCUGCCAAUGGCAGAAAGAAACAAUUUGAAGGCCAACAUAGCUUCGAACAGAAACUUCAUCUUAUGCUUCAGCGGAUCGGGGUUUCCAAAGCACAGCCAGAAGAGACGCAGAAUCCAGAGAGAGAGAUGAAAAAGGCAGAAUCUGAAGGCACCAUUAUUGACAGUAAAGUUGAGCCAACCCCAACUUUCACAAAACACAGAACUAUGUCAGCAUCCUCAGAUACAAGGCGUCAAAUACGUCCAAGCGUGUCAGCACAUGAGUCAGCUGGAAAACCGGCUUUGCCCCCAAAGCCUGUGCUCAAGCCUGGUCCGGGCCCCGCAACAUCUGGCCGCAACACGCCUGAGAAUGACUUGGUUCAAAUAGAGGAGGGGGAAACAAGCACACCCACUGAAGAAAAAAGUCCAAGCGUGGCUCCAUCUGGCCCCGCUACUCCUGCUGUAAUGUCAAAUGCCAGCCUUGACUUGGCUGACGUUACUAUUUCCUCUUCUAGUACUGCAACUUCCGAGUCAGACGUGCUUGCUGUUAACACCACCGCAACAAUCGCAAACGGUACAGAUCUAGAUGGCAAACCUUCUGACCCUGAAGUUCAGCCGAUUAGCACAGAACCAUGCACCUCUGCCUCCCCGACAGCACCUAGCGAAACCCCCGCCCCUUCCGCUGAAUCUUCUGCCACUUCAGACUCGGCAACAGUAACUUCCAUUACCACCUUGGAAACUGUUCCUAGUCUUCUCAGCAAAAAUGAAACAAACACAUCAGUUAAACCGACAAGUCCAUUGUCAAAUGGCAUGGUUUCAGAUAUUCAAGUGGCAAUUUCUGUCGUUUCCACGGAAGAAGUGUCCACUCCAUUUUCUGCAGAGACCAAAUCAGACUCUGCUACCAGUCCGUUUACUGUAGCGAGUGAUGAUUUCGCUGCAGGCGCGUCAACAGGCGCUGAAAGCACAUCUGUGGCCCCGAGCUCAACUCCUCCUAAAUCUGAGACCUCCAUUACUAGCGCCUCCGCCCUUCCUCCUGCUAGCAUCUCCAUUACCACUACAUCUACUGCCUGCAUAGACAUUGUUCCGUCAACCUCAUCCAGUGAAACCAACCUCGCCGACUCCAUCAUCUCCACCACCACCACCACCAACGCUGCUUUAACGACUGCAGAUGCAAUUAGCUCUCCGCUCACGACCGACCCACUUUCCUUAAAGAAAACCAGCUCUACCCUCACAUCCGUUCCCACCUGCCUCCCCGCUUCUGAAGACUCCAGUGUCACAAGGCACAGUUUGACCAGUCCAGCACUUGCCCUUGAUAGUCCAAGCCAAGAUUUACCAGCAAAUUUCGACAAAAGAUCCAGUCCUAGUGCAAAAGGCGCAGAUGUGGAGCUAGAGGUAGUCCAAAAGAGCAAACCAGCUGAAGAAAGGGAAAGCAAGAAAAUCAUGGCUGAUGCCAAAGGGAGUGAGCAUUGUGAGGAGGAGAAAACAGCUCAAGACAACCGUGAAGCAACAAUGAAAGAAGCAAAUGUAAAAAAUGAAGACGUCCCACAGCCAACAGUAGAGGGAGAGGCUAAACCUGCACCAGAGAAUGAGCGUCCAAACCAAGAGGAAACAAAGAAAUAAGAAAGAAAGAUAUAAUUAUAUAUACAUAUAUAUGUACUGUUUAUGGUACAGUAUUGCUAAAUUUGGGACCAACUACUGUGACGCAGGCAGGUUAGGCCACAGUAAAGGAAAAUGAUUAAAUGAUCCAUGGCACUUCCUAUACAGGGACCACAGCAGCACACCACACACCCGGUUGGGCCACUGGACCAAAGAACUGAGAACCAUGGAGUGUACGUUAUCAACAAUUCCAGCAGUGUCUUUUGUCCUUUUCUUUUUUUUUUUUUAACUUGUGUUUGAAUUUUGCAUUGCACGUAUAUGAUUAUGUACCAUAAGACAAGUACUGUGUUUUAAAGACACCAUGUUUACAAUAGAUGGAUAAGAAAAAAUAGAUAUGACUAUUAAAUGGAAUAUUGAAUUGA